UGAUGGUAGCGGAUGGUGGCUAACAGCUGGCUAACCUUCCGCGCUGCCGCUGCCGCCGCCGCCGCCUCCUCCUCCUCCUCCUCCUCCGCCUCCGCCUCCUCAGCCUCUUAAGGCAGCUGAUCGGACCGAGCUGUGAAUGAACCCCGCACCUCAAUGCACUCCCUGCGGCCGCGAUGGCAGCGACAGAAACGGAGGAUGCUGAGGCUGUUCGGCGCGCUGGUUAUCCUCGGACUGGCCCUGGCGUGCAUCACCUCCUGGGUGCUGGACAGCUAUGAUACGGCUUGGCACCCUAAACGGAGCGUCCAGCACCUGACUGCCCGUGAUGCAGAGGGCUCUGAGGGGACUUCUCCACCAUUUCCCGGCGGCGAGUUGAACAAUAUAUUCUGGUUCAUACAGGUCUCUGACAUCCACAUUAGUCGAUUUCAUGACCCAAGAAGAAUUCCAGAUUUCGAGAAGUUCUGCACCGACACCAUCGAAGUGAUUCAGCCAGCUCUAGUGCUGGCAACAGGGGAUCUGACUGAUGCAAAAACGGAAAGUAAAGUCGGUUCCCUCCAGCACGAGGUGGAGUGGCAGGCCUACCAUAACAUCCUAAAGCGGUCACGUGUGAUGGAGCGGACCAGGUGGAUUGACAUCCGAGGAAAUCAUGAUGCAUUCAACAUAAUGUCAUUGGACAGCGUCAACAAUUAUUACAGGAAAUACUCCGCCAAUCAAAAAGUGGGCUCUUUCCACUAUGUUCACAAAACGCCCUUCGGCAGCUACUCCUUCGUGUGUGUGGACGCCACGCUGAUCCCGGGACCCAAGAGACCUUACAAUUUUUUCGGGAUUCUUAACCAGACUCAGAUGGACUUGCUGGACACGUUCAGAGCUGAGAGUUUGAAAAGCAACCAGUCGAUCUGGUUCGGCCACUACACCACCUCCACCAUGGUCUCCCCUUCUCCAGGAGUCCGAGACAUGAUGAGAUCUGCAGUGGCCUAUCUGUGUGGACACCUACACACACUGGGCGGCCUGAUGCCCGUCCUCCACAGCCGACACCCGAAGGGCACUCUGGAGCUGGAGCUGGGUGACUGGAUGGACAACCGCAGGUACCGGGUUCUGGCCUUUGACCACGACCUGCUGAGCUUCUCUGACCUGAAGUUCGAGCAGUGGCCCGCGGUGGUCAUCACAAACCCCAAGGAUGCGCAGUACCUGCACCCGGGGGCGGAGCCGCUGGGGCGGAUACGGAAAUCGUCACACGUCAGGAUCCUGGCCUUCUCAGAGGCCCCCAUCACCGCGGUGCACGUCAGCGUUGACGGGGAAGCCCUGGGGAAAGGCCACUCUGCCGGAGGCCCCCUCUACGUGCUGCCGUGGGAUCCGUCUCUUUACCUCACCGGGCUGCACACGAUCAGCGUGAAAGUGGAGGACUCGGCGGGCCGGUCGUCAGUGCGGGAGCAGCACUUCACCCUGGAGGACAACGUGACUCCCAGCUUCGGCUUCGGGCAGUCCUUCAUCCUCCUCACGGACCACUACAUCCUGGGACGGGUGGCCUUCAUACUGGUGAUGCUGCUGAACGUCGGGGUGCUGCUGGCCUUCAGGCUCAUCAGCGUCCCUGCAGGCAGAGGAUUGGUCUCUCAGGUGUGCACGUCGCUCCAUCUGGUCAGUAAGAUGGAUUCCUUCUACUACUCUCUGCUGCUGUUCAACCUGUGUACAGCCUUAGGCCCGUGGUUCAUAGGAGAGAUGAUCGACGGCCACAGCGGCGCCUGCUUCGCCUUCGGGGUAUUCAUCGAUGGACAUUUCCUGGAGGGCAGCCUCACUUACGUGGUGGGAGUCGUUCAAAUGCUCUUCUUCAACAUGCCCCUCACCUUUUACCUCUGCUGGAGCCUCCACCAGCGUUGCCACGGCAACACCUUCCGAUCCCACUUCCGGCGGCCGGGCUGCCGCUGGCGGACUCUGGCCAUCCACCUUUUCAUGCUGCUGCUGCUCACCUGGCAGGCGCACUCCUGCUACUUCCUCCUGCAGACCUACGGCCCCAUGGCCUUCUUCCUGUCUCCUGUCCGCACGUGGGCGCUGGGCCUCAGCCUCCUAUUGGUCCAUCGCGCCUGGACUGGCCCCGCCCCCUUCCUCCGUGACCACAGCAAGAGCGCGGCUUCCUCUUGACAGUAAUUGCACUGUAACCACCUUGAUUCCCCCCCCCCUCCCUGACUCACAGAUAUAUUUUGCUGUCUCGCUCCACCCCGAAGGCCUCCUUUCUCUCCGCUCAGCAGCCACACCCACUCCACCGCGCAUCCUCCACUCUCCCGUUUCAUGGUAGUAUCGUUUCCUUGAUUAUGCAUGUUGUUGUAAAGCACCGGCGAGCACCUCUCAUAGCAAUGUGUACAGUGUAAAGAAAACAAGAUCACCUCGGAUACACGAAGGGCAAAGCAGCCGAUCUGAGCUCGGCGAGGACGACGGCUCCAGCGCACGCUGCCGCCGGCAGCAUAUUGCGCGCGAGCUCGAUCCUGCUGCGGUUAGAGCUGACUCAUUCACUUGAGAUUUAGCACUUUCUGAAAGUGUUGCCUUGGCCGAACUGCACUUCACCACUGCCAAAGGAUGAAUAAGGAAGAUCCCACCUUUUUAUUCUUCCCUCUGGAAAAAAAAAAAAAAAAAAAAAAGCAUUUUCAUUCACUGAUGAAGGCUGGAAGUGCCAAACUCACUCAUGUUGUUUACCUUCCACACACACACACACACACACAUAUACAAGAAUCACUGAUAAGGAAAGGCGGGGCUACGCCACUAUUUUAUAUGCUGUAAGCUUUUCCCGGCUUCCCGAGACGCAGCAGCUGUGGCGAGGCGAUCAACUGAAAGUGUCUUUAAAUCAAACUGAUUCCACUUUGCAAUCGACUGCCACUCGAUAAUCACAUUGGAGUAUUCAUAUCAAAAUCCCUCAAUCCCGACGAAACACAAAAGAAGCUGGCUCGACUUCCCCACGCCCCUCCAAAACACCACGACAGAACGCAGCUGUUUGUUUCUCAGGAAUGUGAGCACUUGAACAAUAGGCUGAUACCACUAGGAAUUCAGGACAAUGUUUUUAUACUCCAUAGUAGCUCAGUGAACUAAAACCCAGUCCAGAUGCAUAGUGGCUAAAAAAAAAAAAAAGAAAGAAAAACAAAAAAAGAAACCAAACCAAACUGAAUGUGUUAUCGCUGUGGUGAAAUGAGAUGAGCCAGUACUAUGCGUUUUUCUUUUUUUAUAUACAUAUAUAUAUAUAUAUAUUCAUUCUGAUUGUAUUGUGUGAUUUAUAUUUCCUCCUUAUGUUAUAAUUCUGCACAGCAAAUAGAUAUUUUUCACCUCUUGAGGUGAGUGUGGUUAGCAGGGCUGUCAAACACACGCUUCAGUCCGACCCCCAGACAAAUGAAUGAAUGAGAUUACCGUUUGUUUUUUUGUUUUUUGUUUUUUCAGUGAAGGAAACUUAUGAUUUCAAGAUGCAAACAGUGAUUAUUCAAUAGUAUCAGUUCAAUACUGUAAAGAUGAAAUCAUGCACUUUGAACAGUGAAAAUUUCAGGUUUGUGCAGGAACGUGCUCGCACUUUCUAUGAAAUGAAAAAAAAAUUGUAGUUCUCGAUCAAGUUGUUGUCUUUACUUUUAAUUAUUGAGAUCAGAUGAGGCUGGAUAAAGCCUGAAAUGAGUUUGACCCUCCUGUAUUAUUAGAGCAUUUCCCUGUGUAGGAAGUCAGUUCACCAGAUCUGUGUGUUGCUGCCAUGUUUUGUAUGUUUGAUUCAGAUUUUUUUUUUUUUUUUUCCUGUGACGCUGUGAAAGAAGUAAAUUCUAUCUUUUUUUGGCACUGUAACUCGGUCCUUGCUACUCGGCGGGAGCAGUAGCCUGGAUUCCACGAGAGCUGAAGUAAAACGGGACACAAACACAGCGGAGGUGAUCAAGCCUCUGAGCAGGAGGAAUUUUCCAUCCCGAGUCAGAUCCCGGUAUUUCUGUCGCCCACUCCCAGCAUGAGUGCAGAAUAAUUGCCCCGAGCUGCAAUAAGACAAGUAGUUUAAUAUUAGAACAGCUGCAGGACACCGAGAAAAUUAAAUUAUGCGCACUCUUGCCAGCAGUGGUUUAAUAACUUUUCUUUUUUUUCUCCCUACUCACUGCAGAGAUAAGUCUUCAUUUGUACAGACGCACGACCAAGUGUAUAAUUCCACAUAUUUAAAAUUUAUGGACUUUUGUUUUGGCAGAGACGUCUUCAACAAGGCUCAGCACCUCUCAUAAUCUCUGAUCUGUCCACAAGGAGGCAGUACCACUGAAUUUGUAUAGCAAUGAGAGAUGACUGUGCUGGAUUUCACUUCCACCUCAAAUUAUGCAUGAAACGGUUUUAUUUUAUAUAUUUUUCUUUCAGUUUACACACAAGAGCACCCAAACACUGUCUCCCAAGGCAGGUUUGACAGUUCAAUGGCACUAAUUGGUUCUGGUUAACUAUAAAUCUGGAUGUUAUUGCUCUGUACGACACACUUGAUGAAGAUUGUUCACAAACAAGAACAAAAAGCUGACGCGCAUCCAGCAGAAAGACAAACACCCAGCGAUGCACUGACGUGUGUGUGACUGAUUCCUGCAUCUCCUCCUAUGUUCAAACACACCAAUGAGUACAUGAGGAUGGUGAUGUUACACCUGCCACAUAUUUUCUUCUGAAAACUGAAAUCAGAGCCAACCACUAUUUUAUUUUAAUAAUGGUUUCUAGUGCUGUGGAAUAAAAAUGUUAAUUACAGUGA